AUGUCUAAGCAAGAUCCAGCUGAGCAAGUCCGCUUCCUUGUGUCCUGCAUUGGCCACACCACCAACGGAAGACCUGACUUCACUCUUGUCGCCGAAGAGCUUGGAAUCGUCACCAAGGCCGCCGCCCAAAAGAGAUAUGAGCGCAUGCUCAAAGCCAAUGGAGUGAACUCUUCUAAGCCAACAGCUGCCAAAUCCGACGCCGGAGAUGACAAGGCCCCGACUACCCCGGUCAAACGCAAGCCAGCUGGAGCUUCUGGAGGUAGCGCCAAGAAGAAGGCUAAGGCUUCGAAGAAAGAAGAGAGCGACGACGAUAUGAAAGACCCGAAGUUGGUCUCCAAGCCUGCCAAGGGCGUGAAGAAGGAGCCCAAGAGGGAGCCCAAGAAGGAGCCCAAGAAGGAACCGAAGGAUGAAUACGAGUCGCCUCUUUCUGAUGCUCCCGACUCUGGCGCGGACUCUGACGCUGGCACAAGCUUCGACUCGGCUUAG